AUGCACUCUCCGGGAGCAGUAUCUCUCAAUGCUGCAAAGAGCCCAGCUAUAGAGGUUAUUGACUAUCCAUUCCAAAAAAAUGUUCUCUCUGAUUUGGAUGAGGUAAAAUCAACUGUCACUGAUCUUGGCCAAAGUCACCUGUCCGCGGUUGCCAUACCCAAUGUUUUGCCCACAACUUUUGCCCUGACACUAAAUGAGGGCUCAUGUCCAAUGAGCAUGGAUUUUCAUCCCACUUGGCGGACUCUUCUUCUAUGUGAAUCGGAACCUGGGGGUGUUGGAGACAUAGGACUAUGGGAUGUUAGUUCAGGGAAAAAGUUGCUUUCAAGAAAUUUUAGAGUCUGGAAUCUUGAUGCAGGCCCAAUGGCCUUAAAGGAAGCUCUGGUCAAAGAUUCAUAA